UUUUUAAAGAGAGAAAUUCCAAAGCACAACUUAAAGUUAUGGUUCAUAAACUUCAAAGUGAAAUUAAAAAACUAACUUUCGAAUUAAUUAAAGCAAGAGAGCAACAAGACGAUCAUCUUACACACUUAAGAACCCUGGAAAAAGCUUUAGAAAAAAUGGAAAGGCAAAAAGGGCAACAGCAGGUGGCACAGAUGAGACUUAUCCAAGAGGUAGAGCUCAAAGCUUCAGCUGCUGAUAGAGAAAUAAACUUACUUAGAACUUCCCUUCAUCAAGAAAAGGAACAAGUGCAACAACUUCAUGAACUUCUCACAUUGAAAGAACAAGAACACAGGACCAGUGUGGUACAAGCCAUGGAGCAGCUGCCGCACAUGGAACAGCAACCAGGAGACAGCAAAUCCACAGUAGUACGAGGGACCAAUCCAACCAUUCUAUACCCUGGAUGCUUCCAGGACCAGUGUGGUACAAGCCAUGAAGCAGCUGCCGCACAUGGAACAGCAACCAGGAGACAGCAAAUCCACAGUA